UCUCACAAACCUUUAUUUACUGUCCAGUUCUGGGGAAAAAUGGCUAUUCUACACUCGAGUCACACACUUUAUUGUCCCUUGAGAGCCUGUUUUAGGAAGAGAGAAGAUCCAGGGUUUAAGAGAUCAUGGAAGUGCCUGAAGGCCUGGGAGUCAAGCAGGAUAUUCGUGCAGAGAAUGCGACCCUUGAUCUGGAGCACAGAGAGCACCAGGCGGGCUGGGUGAGAGUGAGGGUGGAGGGGAGCUGGUUCACGGUGGAGCGGGCCUUGCUAGAGAGGCACAGCAACUACUUCUGUGCUCUUUUUCACUCUGGGAUGAUCGAAAGUCACCAGGACGAUCUCUACCUGAAGGGAGGAGUGAGUGCAAGGGGGUUCCUCAUUGCCCUUGCAGUCUGCAGGGGAGAGGGUCCCACCAUCAGUGACCCGGAUGAGCUUGUAGAAGCUGUGGAGUGUGCGGCUUUCCUGCAGGUUGCGUGUUUGGUGCAGCAUCUUUGUGACAUUAUCGACUCCGACAACUGCCUCUUGCUCUACCACGCAGCCUCCAUCUUUGGGGUGCGUGCCCUCUUUCACAAUGCUGCUCUUUUCCUUUGUGAUGCUUUUGAUGAUUUGAAGGAAGCCGCAGAGAGUACAAUUCCUGAAGACCUUCUUCAAUAUUCUCAAUCAUUGUCUCCCACUUCUUAUAUUGCUAUAGGCACACACUCUCCUUCAAUGGAACUGCUACAAGACUCCUUUAGGGUUGUCUGCUACCUUGAUGAAAAAGGAGGAGAGUGGAAGCAUCUGACAAACCUCCCAACUCUCUGUAGCACCUCCAUGGCUGGUGUGGCGGUGCUUGACAACCGAUUGUACAUUGUGGGGGGAGUUUACGGUUAUGGUAAGGACACAGUUGACAGCAGCUUCUGCUACAACCCUGAGUCAGGGGUCUGGACUGCUCUUCCAGGUCCCCAGCAACCAAGAUAUGACUUCACCCUGCUGGGGCAUGACGGCCAACUCUACGCUAUUGGCGGCGAAUUCCAAAAAAGGAUAAUUUCCACAGCAGAAAGUUACGACACUGAGAAGGGAGUGUGGACAUUUAUACGAAAUGCACCAAGACCUGUAGCAUCUGCAGCUUGUGCUGUUGCAAGACGGCGGAUUUUUGUUUGUUUCUGGAAACCACCGGACACCACAGAUAUCUUUGAAUACAUACCUGGGCAAGACGAGUGGAAACUUGAAACCACCAUGAUCAAACCACAAAGCUAUGGCCACUGUAUGGUUUCCCACAGGGACAAUUUGUAUGUGAUGCGCAACGGGCCUUGUGACGACUUCCUGCGCUGUCUCAUGGACUGCUACAACAUCACCACAGGCCAGUGGACAGCCUUGCCGGGACACUACAUAAACAGCAAGGGGGCGCUGUUCACUGCAAUGAUAAGGGGCGACUCUGUGUUCACAGUGAAACACAUGCUAACUCUUGAAUACACCAUCACUGGAAAUGGAUGGAAGCCCUGCAGGCAGAUGAAGGGGUUUCCAAAGAGUGGUUCACUGUGGACGUGUUUACUCAGGCUUCCCAAGACGGGGCCAGUCACACCACAGCUGGAUACAGAAGGGAAGGAAGACGAAAUGUCUUUGCCAGACACAUCUGAGGGAUUUGUGGAUGCUAUACCACAACAGUGAAAUUGCUGCUAAACUUUUAGGUAUUCUAAACUGGAAUAUCCAUUUUAAAAAAACAUGAUUCUGGAGAUUGCAUAGUGAGACAAAUCAUCCUUCAUUUAAAUGCAUUCACUUUCACAUGCACCCAGAUUUCUACACACACACACACACACACACACACAUGCACACGUGCUGACACAAAGCAUUUGUUCUGAUUAGCAACAGCUGCUACUGUAGUUUAUAUUAGGGAGGCCACUGUGCGUGUGUGUGUGCGUGUAAAGUUCAAAGGCACUGACGGGAUGUUCUCAACCUCUCAUUCUCUACGUUUUCCCUGAAGUCACA